UGGAGUUGUUGGUGCGCACUAAAUGGAAGAGAAUGCGGACGGCGGAGACGCUUCCGUCGUUCCGUACGGGAGGUGCGCAGCAGAGUUGCGCCCGACGGAGCCUGUCAUCAGCCCUCUGGAACUCCUCAGAAGCGAGAAAGUCGUCAGAAUAUGCGCCCCUAUGGUCCGUUAUUCCAAGCUUCCAUUCAGGGCUCUCGUGAGGAGGUACGGCUGUGACGUGGCAUACACUCCGAUGAUCGUGUCGGACUCCUUCGUGCAAUCUAGCAAGGCACGCGACGUAGAAUUCACCACCAACUACGGUCUAGAUCUCUCUAUGUACACGCAUUCCCACCGUAAAUGUGCGCUCCUCGUGUUCUGUAGAUGAUCGUCCACUGAUCGUCCAAUUUGCCGCUACAAACUCUGCAGAUUUUGCCCGGGCAGCGGAGCUGGUUGCCCCGUUUGCGGACGGGAUAGACCUGAAUUGCGGGUGUCCGCAGCGCUGGGCCCUGGCAGAUGGAUACGGGGCAGCUCUCAUGAAGAAGCCGGAGCUAGUGGCAGACAUGGUCCACGGGGCCAGGACACGAACGUCUCUCCCUGUCUCUAUCAAGAUCAGGAUCCACGGCGACCUGAGAGAGACAGUGGAGCUGUGUCGUCGGGCGGAGUCAGCCGGGUGUGGCUGGAUCACCGUUCACGGGAGGACCACCAAACAACGGGCGGAACCCUGCAAUUUCGAUGCAAUCAAGAUUGUAAGUUCUUCAAUAAAGGGCCAAAUUUUUGAUUGAGUUUAGUUUUCUUGUAUAAAUGAAGGUAAAGGAGAGUGUGAAUGUUCCAGUGGUGGCAAAUGGUGACAUCAGAAAUGAAGAUGACAUUCACAGAGUUGCUGAUAUGACUGGAGUAGAUGUGAAGAUUUUUUCCAAGUUUUCCAGUGUACAGAGUGAUGGCAGCGAGAGGUGUUCUGGAGAACCCAGCCAUGUUCUCUGGUGUCUCCACCACUCCUCUGGGGGCGGUGCAGGACUGGCUGGACCUCUCACUUGCACACGGACUGACCCACUCCAUAUUCCACCGCCACCUCAUACACAUGUGGAGAGAGUCCACAGUCGAGUGGAGAAGAGGGUAUUCAACACUCUGACCAGUACUCCUGCCGUUCUCGACUUCCUCAGGACCCACUAUGGCAUCACUUAGCCUUCUACUGAACUUCAAAUCAUCAUCUUAUAUACAUUCUGUUGAAAUCACGAUGUGCAUAACGUUCUAUUCUAAUAUCCCACUCAUG